AUGUCGGACCUAAAAAAUGAUGAUAAUGAAGACCUCUCGAGUACCAUAAGCACACCUGAUCUCCCCAAACAAGAUGCGAGAUGGCUAUUAAUCAUUGGCUUGGGUCCUUGCAGUCUUGAGAUCCUCACGGACGGCGCCAUCAUCACUAUAAGUACCCCUUCCAUCUCAGCUGAGCUCGACCUCAAUGGUCACCUGGGAUGGAGCAGCGGGGCCUUCUUAUUUCUAGCCUGUGUUGCGCAGCCCAUAUGUGGCCGAAUCUACCCUCUCGUUGACGACACGGGGAGCUUGCUGUUCAGCAUUAUGUUGUAUCACCUCCGGACACUCUAUUAUGCGAUGGCACCAACCUUGGUCGUCUUCAAUCUUGGAAGGGCGGUCUUCGGGUUGGGAGCUGCCAUAUCAGCUAUCUUGCCGCCGGCCUUGAAUUUCGGAGAUGUCACGUCUUAUGAGAUUUUGGAGCAAAGAAAAGCUCGCAUCGAUCAUGGAGCCCAAAAUCAUUACUCGAGGCGACUUGGUUUAGAAUGA